AUGAAGCUCGGUUUAGAGUCAACAAUUUAUUUUCUAGCCCUCCUGGCAUAUGUUCUUCAAGUCGGUAAGAGACCAGCUUUGUUUUUAGCGUCUCCAUGUUCUAUAUAUUUUCUGUGUGAAGAAGCAAGGGCCCGCUCAAAUAAAAACACUUAUGAUCAAACUCAGCAUUUGUGAAGAAGUUAAUUUCAUGAAAAGCAGAUAAACAACCUUUACAAAAUAUACUAACAAAAAUAACCUGGAAAAAUAAAUACAAAGAUACGAUGAGACAAAGCACUUAUAUUAAAUGCUGCGAGAAAUAUAAGAAACACAAGUUACUUUCAUAAUCGGGGUUUCAACAGGAAAAAAAAAGAACACACACUGCAACGAGAGCAUGAAACGCUAGGAAGUUGAAAUUUUGACGUUCUUGAUAAAUUUCUUGCUUAGUUAUCAGCAUGUCGUCCAUUUCAAAGGGCAACGACACAAGUGACAUCAGAUAUCACUUACCUUUCCUAAAAUUCUAAAAUCAGCUUUGCUGUAAAAGAGCAAAAACCUUUCUUUAUCACAACUUAUGUAAAAAUUUUCACUUUUGUGUACAAUCACCGAAAAGCAGACAACAAGAAGUACAACCUCUCUCCUUCCUGUCUCACAGAGUUUUAUAGGAACUGAUCCAAAUAGAAAUUUUUGUUUUGCAGCUCUUGCUAUUCAUUGCUUCAAGUGCACAUCCCCAACGUCAUGGUCGCACUGCGAUCUUCUUGUGAACCAAGAAGCCAAUCGAGACUGCUCAGCGGAAAAGAUCCGAUGUAUAGCUGUGAUGGAAAGGAAAAAUCCAAGAGAACGGGUGGAAUACAGGAAAGACUGCGCUAACCGUCUUGAAAAUCCGUGUCAUGAAAAACGUGUAGAGGAUUGUAGGUCCACCUUAUGUGAUGGUGACCUGUGUAACUUUGCUCUCACCCCAUCAGCCACCCUCAUUGCUUCUGGCUUCCGCUGCUUCCGUUGUAUAAGCAAUAAAUCUUGGGACGACUGCGUUGAAAAAGCUCAAGAGAUCAUCUGCGACACAGGCUACAGAAAGUGCUACAAACUAGAGUUUAAGAAGGAAAACGGCGACACUGAAUACAUAAAAGACUGCACUGUCCCUCUGGCCUGUGGAAACUCGUCAAUCAAUAUGCCUCAAGCCGAACGUCGCAACAUUAAGUGCUGUGGCCAACAUCUUUGCAACGAGGCGAGUAUCAAGAGCUCCCCUGUGGCAAUAUUUGGUCCUCUUCUCCUUGUCAUUGUGGUAUUCCUUUUUGAUGCCCAAAACAAUUUGUGA